ACCACAGACGCUCCAACAACAACAACAGCCACUCCUACAACGAACACAGAGGCUCCAACAACAUCAACAGCCGCUCCAACAACAACAACAGCUUCUCCCACUACAACCACAGCUGCACCUACAAUUACCACAGAAGCUCAAAUAACAACAACAGUCACUCCUACAACUAGCACAGAGACUCCAACAACAACCACAGCUUCUCCCACUACGACAACAGCCACUCCUACAACUAGCACAGAGGCUCCAACAACAACCACAGCUUCUCCCACUACAACCCCAGCUGGCCCUACAACUACCACAGAGACUCCAACAACAACAACAGCCACUCCUACAACUACCACAGAGGUUCCAACAACGACAACAGGUGCUCCCACUACAACAUCAGCUGCACCUACAACCGCAGCAGAUGCUCCAACAACAACCACAGCUUCUCCCACUACAACCACAGCUGGCCCUACAACUACCACAGAGGGUCCAACAACAACAACAGCUUCUCCCACUACAACCACAGCUGCACCUACAACUACCACAGAGGCUCCAAUAACCACAACAGCCACUCCUACAACUAGCACAGAGGCUCCAACAACAACCACAGCUUCUCCCACUACAACCACAGCUGGCCCUACAACUACCACAGAGGCUCCAACAACAACAACAGCUGCCCCAACAACUACUACAGAGGCUCCAACAACAACAACAUCCGCUCCCACUACAACCCCAGCUGACCCUACAACUACCACAGACGCUCCGACAACAACCACAGCUUCUCCUACUACAAACACAGCUGCCCCUACAACGAGCACAGAGGCUCCAACAACAACCACAGCUUCUCCCACUACAACCACAGCUGGCGCUACAACUACCACAGAGGCUCCAACAACAACAACAACAGCCACUCCUACAACUAGCACAGAGGCUCCAACAACAACCACAGCUUCUCCCACUACAGCUUCUCCCACUACAACCACAGCUGCACCUACAACUACCACAGAUGCUCCAAUAACAACAACAGUCACUCCUUCAACUAACACAGAGGCUCCAACAACAACCACAGGUUCUCCCACUACAAACACAGCUGCCCCUACAACGAGCACAGAGGCUCCAACAACAACCACAGCUUCUCCCACUACAACCACAGCUGGCCUUACAACUACCACAGAGACUCCAACAACAACAACAACAGCCACUCCUACAACUACCACAGAGGUUCCAACAACGACAACAGCUGCUCCCACUACAACCACAGCUGCACCUACAACUACAACAGGUGCUCCCACUACAACAUCAGCUGCACCUAUAACCGCAACAGAGGCUCCAACACCAACCACAGCUUCUCCUACUACAACCACAGCUGGCCCUACAACUACCACAGAGGCUCCAACAACAACAUCAGCCACUCCUACAACUAGCACAGAGGCUCCAACAAAAACCACAGCUUCUCCCACUACAACCACAGCCGGCCCUACAACUACCACAGAGGCUCCAACAACAACAACAGCAGCCCCAACAACUACUACAGAGGCUCCAACAACAACAGCCACUCCUACAACGAGCAAAGAGGCUCCAACAACAACCACAGCUUCUCCCACUUCAACCACAGCUGGCCCUACAACUACCACAGAGGCUCCAACAACCACAACAGCCACUCCUACUACUAGCACAGAGGCUCCAACAAAAAGCACAGAGGCUCCAACAACAACCACAGCUUCUCCCAAUACAACCACAGCUGGCCCUACAACUACCACAGAGGCUCCAACAACAACAACAACAGCCACUCCUACAACUAGCACAGAGGCUCCAACAACAACCACAGCUUCUCCCACUACAACCCCAGCUGGCCCUACAACUACCACAGAGACUCCAACAACAGCCACUCCUACGACUACCACAGAGGUUCCAACAACGACAAAAGGUGCUCCCACUACAACAUCAGCUGCACCUAUAAACGCAACAGAUGCUCCAACAACAACCACAGCUUCUCCCACUACAACCACAGCUGUCCCUACAACUACCACAGAGGCUCCAACAACAACAACAGCCACACCUACAACUAGCACAGAGGCUCCAACAACAACAACAGCCACUCCUACAACUACCACAGAGGCUCCAAUAACCACAACAGCCACUCCUACAACUAGCACAGAGGCUCCAACAACAACCACAGCUUCUCCCACUACAACCACAGCUGGCCCUACAACUACCACAGAGGGUCCAACAACAUCAACAGCUGCCCCAACUACAGAGGCUCCAACAACAACAACAGCCACUCCUACAACUACCACAGAGGUUCCAACAACAACAACAGCUGCCCCAACAACUACGACAGACGCUCCAACAACAACCACAGCUUCUCCCACUACAACCACAGCUGCCCCUACAACGAGCACAGAGGCUCCAACAACAACCACAGCUUCUCCCACUACAACCACAGCUGCCCCUACAACG